AUGUAUCAACUACCUGCACUUGAAAAUGAUAGGGCAGAACUCAACUUAAUGAAUGAUAGAGAGAAAUAUUUCCCUCAUAAUGAUCAAGACCUUCAUGAGAUGCUCUGCAUAUUCAUAUCAAAGAACAAUCUCAAGUUUAUUGAUCCUUCAUUAUCUGUCUUUUCGCCUUUCACUUGCGGGAUCAAAGAUCUGAAAGAUGAUUCUUUUCAGACGAUACUUAAACAUCUUAUAGCUGAAUUAAAUGCCCGUCUCAAGUCUAUUCCAAUUAGCAGAAAUGAAAUAUCAAAAUCACAAUACGUAUGUUCUUACCUUGUUGCUGAAGCGAAUCUAUACGAAGGGAAGUUUGAGCUUCAAUCAGAAAAAAAUAUCACAGGGCCUAAUAGACACAGACUAAGUAUUGCUCAGAAUGCCGUUCAGCUCAAGUUAGUUUUAUCAAACUGUAAACGUAAGGUGAGUGAGAUGGAGGAAGAUAGUGUGUUCGUGGAUAAGGCUAAGAUUCAAACUAUCAGAGCUGGUGGUCAUUAUUUAUAA